GCGCCCGGCCGGCCCGGGGCUCGGCCGCCCGCCCGCCGGGACCUUCCGCCGCCACCGGAGCCGCGCUCCGGCCCCCGCCCCGCCGCCCGCGCCCCCGGCAGCGGCUCCGCCGCCGGGUCGCUGCCCAUGUCCCAGCUCUGCUCGCCGUCCGCGCUCGCUGCCGGUGCCCGCCUCCGCUGCGGGGACGCCGCGCUUUGGAAACCUUCCCGGAGCGCGCGGGGGUGCUGGCGCAGGUCGGGCGAUUACAUGCGGACACUUCACUUUCAGCCAUGCCUGCCCCGGGAGCUCUCUGUCUGCUGUAAUUUUCUCCCUUUGAUCUCCCCGGAUCCUCUUUCGGGCUGUGGAGCUCCGCUUGCACCUACCUGCCUGCUGCGUGUACCGAACCCCAACAUCAUCAGAGCCACAUGGUUUUGUUAAGCUACUGGAAAUAACUUUCGCUUGGGAUUUACUGCAGCAUUCCCUCCCGGCCUGGCCCCUGCGGACUCCAGCAGGCUCACUGCCUAACAGUUAUGAAGACUCUUCGAUGCGUUUCAUGUGACCUUUGGGCAGAUCGUGGAGCUUUCUAUUUUAUUUUGUGGGGCCUUGAGUCGGGAUCUUCUUAACGUGUGCUUGGAAGUGGUCAUACCGGAACUCGGGCACGCACAGAAAUAGUGCGAGAGAAACCAGAUACGCCGUAACUUUCUGCCCGAUACCUGUUGGGCUUCGUGUCUAAACUUUGGUAGUGUUUGGGGGCCUUUUUUAUUUCCUGGAAACUUCCAACCAUGAAGAGGAGUUUCGUGUUUUAUUAAUUAUCUUUUAGAACUCUACCCAGAGUCAGACUGUGAGCAUGUAUUCCUAAGGGAAAAGUGAAGCUGAUCUCCAGACUUCAAUGAAGCACUUCUGGCAUGAGGAAGACGGAAGGGAUCAACUCCAUUUGGAAGGGAAUGGUACCGGAGCAAGCCUUCUUGUCACCAUAAAUUCAAGGAAUACCGCCUGCCUAAUUUCUGGGAAGGAUACCAAUCGGUGCAGAUAACAUUAAGGUUGUGCUUGUGCUGUGGGAAAUGCUAGCAAGAAGGUGAGGUGUUUCUCGAGGGUAUUUGGGAUGGAUGUUUUGACCCUCUGGAUCUUCCUAACUCUUGGCCAGGAGACAGGAGGCCUCCACAUCCGCGGGGAGACCUCCCCGUGCCUCAUCUCCGUGGAACUGAGGAGCUCCUAAUGCUCCCUGUACACCCAAACUGACUUCUUGCUUGCAACCUGUUUUGCUGAUCCUUCUGGAUUUAUCUGCCGGAGGAGAGACUCACAAUUUAGGAGAGUUUUUUGUUGUCUUUUUUGUAGUUUGUUUGUUUAAAAUAUGCCUCUGAGCUCCCGGCGGCCUCUGAGCACGUGGCACGGGGCGAGAAGAGCGGCGAUGGCGAGAGCCGGCGUCGGCGGGGAGCCGCGCUGGCGGUGACCGAGCCGCGCUGUGCGGCCGCUGGCUCUGUCCGGAGCCGGCUCGGAGCCCCGGGAGCGGAGCCGCCGGCCGGGCCCGCCGCGCUGAGGACGCGUUCCCGAGCGGUAUGAGCGGCCGGAGCCCGCUGCUGGUAGCAUGAGUGCUGGCCCCCAGGUGCAGCUGGCUGUCCUCUGGCCUUGGCUGCUCAUGGCGACCCUGCAGGCAGGACUGGGCCACACCGGGCUGGCGCUGGCGGCGGCCGUGGAGUCGGAGCGGGCGGCGGCGCAGAAAGCCAUCAUCAGGGUCAUCCCACUCAAAGUGGAGCCCAUCAUCCUGGAAGGGGAGUUCGCCAACGUUGCCGAGGUGACUCCGGCCGAAGGGAAGCUGCUGCAGUCCCACCCACUAUCCCUGUGCAACACCAGCGAGGAUGAGCACACGGAGUCGGGAUUCAUCACCAUCGUCAAGCUGGAACAGCCUGAUCGGGAUCCCAACCCCUGCCUGUCCCUGGCCAACAAGGCAAAGCUGGCAGGGGAGCGUGGAGCGCGUGCGAUCCUUUUCGACAUCACCGAUGAUGAAAGUGCUGCUGAUCAGCUGAGGAAGCCCAGAGGCCUGAGCCAGCCCGUGGUCCUGAUCAGGGGCCACGAUGCUGAGCUCCUCAUGGGUGUCGUGAACAAGAACAGAGAGGCCCAUGUGAAGAUAGAGGUCAAGGAGCCACCAGCUUGGCCAGACUACGACGUGUGGAUUCUUCUCACAGUGGUCAGCACUGUGGUCGUCAUCAUUUUAAUUUUUGUUGUCCGCACAAAGUGCCAGCUGAACAGGACUCAGGACUCGGUGCAGCAGCAGACCCUGCAGGCCAUCGGGCAGCUGGCCACGCGCCGCUACCAGCCGCGGCUGCGGCCGGCCCCGCGCUGGGACUCGGCCAGCAGCUGCAGCUCCGCCCCGGUCUGUGCCAUCUGCCUCGAGGAGUUCAGCGAGGGCCAGGAACUGCGGAUCAUCUCGUGCUCGCAUGAGUUCCAUCGGGAGUGUGUGGACCCUUGGCUGCAGCAACACCACACGUGUCCACUCUGCAUGUUCAAUAUUCUUGCCAGAGACUCAGGGGACCAGGCCAUGGCUGCCAGCUCCAGGCUGGUCCCUCAGGACAUGGAGCCUGGGCGGCGACUCCACCUUUUCCGCCAGCAUCCAGGACAUGCCCUUUACCACCUCCCACACGCAUACCCUCAGAGGAACCUCAGGAGCUUUCCCUCAGAGCCAGCCCACGGCAACCCCUUCUUCCACUCUCCAGAGCUCUCCCAGCUGGAUUUUGGCACCAUCCACUACAUGCCCUACAGACCAGCCACCUCCCUGCUGGCCUGCGGCCACGUGGCCCCGCUGGCCCCGGGCUUGCUGGGCCAGCAGCAUCCCACCCCCUCUGCAUGCGGCCAGGCGCUGGCACCCCACAGGACGUGUCCCCUUCAGCCUCAGCCCCCCUGUCUGGCGCCCAAGGCAGCCCUGGCACAGAAGCAGCACCGUGCACCCACCCUGCGCCGGGGCCUUGGCCAUGGGCACCAGCACAACAGCAGCGGCUCUGGGGAGAGCUAUCUGACGGAGCACAGCGGGUACCUGGCCGACGGGCCAGGCAGCGACUCCAGCUCGGGGCCCUGCCACGGCUCCUCCAGUGACUCCAUGUUGAACUGCACGGAUGUCAGCCUGCAGGGUAUCCACGGCAGCUGCUCCACCUUCCGCAGCUCCCUCAGCAGCGACUACGAUCCCUUCGUGUACUGCAGCUCCGAGGGCCCCACCACGGACCACGGCCAGGAGCAGCUGCGGCCGCCCAGGGAGAGGCGGCCGCGCUCCUUGGACUUGAUGGUGCCAGGGGGGGCUGCUCCAGCCAAGCCCCAGGUGCUCAGCCACGUCCACUACCACCACCACCAGCACCACCACUACAGGCGGGAUGCAGAGUGUCCCCCUGGGCGGGCCAGCCAGGGGCCGGGGCCACGCAAAUCCCGGUACUCUGGGGCCAAGGUUGCCUUCCACAGUGCUCGGACACAAAAGAGGACUGAGAAAAGCCAUCACUCUCAGCAGCCUCUGGAAAGCAGUGGAGUGCUGCAGGAGGCAGCUCCAGUGGGACAGCCAACCUGUCCCAAGGAAGGCCGGGAGCCCCCUCACAGCCCCUCCACUUCUCCAGACAGGUUGGACUUCAGUGUAGAUGCCAACAGACAAUUGGGAGCAGCUGGCACACCCCCUGUCCCGCUGCCCCCCAGACACAGCUUACAGAGCAGGCAUCACCGAAGGAAAAGAAAGUGUCCCCUGGAGCCCAACCCCGCUGUCCUGGCCAAGGACUCAGCCGAGCCCGGAGCCUGUGACGCUCACCUUCCUCCUGGCCGUCCUGCUGGCUACCGCUGCUCUCCUGAAGCCCAGCCCCUGAUCCCGAGCACUCCCCUGCCCAGCGGCUCCCGGCUGCUCUGGAAGUGUUUAGUGCCACAGUCCAGCUCCGAGCUGAGGAAGCAGCAGGAGGGGUUGUCAGGACGGGAGAGAAACCUCUCAGUUCCUGCAGAUUUCUCAGGGAUGGGCGCCCCCAGACACAGUCUGAGUGUCCGCCUUCACUGCCCAUCUCAGCAGGGUGGUCAGGGAUCUGAAGAUGAGGUCCAGGAUGUCCAUGAACACUCAGUUUAAUAAAACACUGGCCUGUUUGCUCGCUGGGAGUGGAGUGGACACAGAUGUUGAUGGAGCUGCUGACAUCUGGCUCUGCCCAGCCCUGCCCUGCUGAGACACGGACUGCCAAGAGCAACGGGCCACUUGUGGUCUCCUGACACAUCCCCAAGCCCUGGCAGUGACCCAGCAGAGCCCUGCUCCUCUGAGGCCCAGGCAGCCCCUCCACAUGCCGUGGCGUCGCUCCCAGCUGGGCAGGGCUCCCAGGGAGAGCUCACCGAGUGAGUGCAAGCUGCUAUUUUGGCGUCUCCAUGCCACAGAAGGUUUUGCUAAACACUGCAAAAAUAAACAAGCCUUCGAGACCAAAAGCUGCAGAAAUUACUUUCUGUGGCCUGGUAGCUCCUGACUUCAUUUCCUCACUUAGGUCAAAAGCCAGAUUUCUUCAAUUAACUUUUCCAUGCUUAUUUCAGACACAGGAACAAGCUAUUCUCCAUCUCACCACUCACAGGGCUGCCCUGCAAGGUGCUGCUUCUGACUUCAGUGGAAACCAAGAGCUCUCACCACUUUUGAUCACCUCAGUGUCCCUCAGCUGACGCCAUCUCAGCCACUGGCUGUGUUUGCCAGCAGCAGGAGAGGGGAAGACAGGGACAUCAGCAUUUCGGGGAAAGAGCUGGGUCAGACUCUUUCCAUUGCAAAGAAUCCACCCUCUCAUCUGGCAAUGUGAACAAGUCUCUCACUCACCCUCUAACUCCUCUACCUACCCUCAAAUAGCUGUCAUGGCCAGCCCUGUUAAGAGUAUAUUUCAAACAUAUCCCAGAUGUCCCCAUCACAGGAGUCAAGGAAAAUCCUGGAGUUCCUGUGUCUUUGCUUCUCUCCUUCCUCUCAUUGCCCCAAGACACCAAAAAAAUUCCCAGAAAAAGCCUCCUUAAUAAAUGCCAAGCAGAGCCCUAUCCAUCACCCAGCCUUAACUUCAUAUUCUGAGAAAUCCUGAAAUCCUUCAAAAGGAUGUUUCUGUCUUUUCCAAUAUUCUGAUGAUUCAGGGAGAAAACCUGAGAAAUAAUCAGGCUCUGGUUUAUUACGUUCCUCCUUCCCUCCAUUUAUGAAUAUUUUGGGUUUUUCUGAAUGUCACUAGUUCUUAUUUCCUACAUCUCAUAAUUUGCAGACAUUCAAGCAAAAUACAACCUGCCAAAUUCAGAACAUACAGAACCCAUGCAGCUUUCAAACAGAGAAUUCCUGUCAUUGCCUUAAAUGAUCAGUCAGGCCAAAGAAUCAGCCAGAUUCCCAUGUGAAGUGCACAUUUCCAUGGCACCAAGUGCUUCCAAGCACAAGGAAGCAUUGGUGAGGAUACAACACCAGAGCUGAAGAUAACUGCUGACAAUUUGAAACUUCAUGUAGGGACAGACUUUCCCAUCUCCUCACUAAAGCUUCCUGUGUCUUCCUUUGAAGCUGCAGCUUCUCAAGAGAGCAUUCCAGUGAUGCAGUCCCAGGUCAGGAUAAUCCUCUACCUUCUUUUGUUGGCAGGAAAGCUUUUUAUGGGGUUUGCUGCCCUUAAUCCUUGAAAAAAGGCAUCUUUGUCACAGCUGCUAAUCAGUCCUUGACAGUCAAGUGAUCAGCCAAUAGCACCUUUCAGUCUAGGGAAGAGCUGAAUUUCUUUCAUCAAAGAACCCAGCAGAAUUACAUUUAGACCUUUCCAGGUUCUUGCUUGUCCUACAGCACAAGCAGAAGACACAAGCUCAGAAGUUUUCUCCCAUGCAGAGAAGUCAGUCUUAAACUAGAGGAAAAUCUGAAUUCACCCCAUUUGGCUUCUUGUGCUCCUGGUCUGUGGCUUGUCUGAACCAGCUCCCCACAUCCUUUACCAUACUGGAGGGCUCAGAGGCUUAACAGAGGGGGGAGGAUUGUGAAGUCAGGGUGCUCCCACUGCUGUUUUUAGGAGUCAGGAAGGCAGAGAGCCUCCACAGAUGCAUUUCACUGCUCAGAUGAACAAGUGCAGCUCUAAAGUCCUCUCUUUUCCUCCUUAUCCCUAACAAAAGAGGAGAUGCCUGAAUUUGUGAGUCAUAAGGUUCUUUGGGAAAGUGGUCAGCACUUGUGCACCAUCUCCACUCCCACUGCAGUAUUACCAGGCUGCCAGGGCAGCUUCUGAGUGUCUCCCUGUCCUGACCUUAUGCUCCUGUUCACGUCUGCCUCGGUGGGGGCUCAGGGGGAGGAGAGGGAGGAACUCUCUGGGAACUUGGGUUUCAGAGAUCCCUGUAGUAGAUGGAUCACUAACCUUGGCUGCCUGGAAGGGAAGAAGCAGUAUCUGAGAAAAUAAGGAAUGGUUCCUCACAGUUCUUUACCUCUGGCUACUGACUGAUGCUUUUGAGUGCUUGGUGCCUGUGGGCUCUACUCCUGCUGGAGUUUCUCCGGUAUCCCUGCAGUGACGCAGAGCUCAUUUUCCGUCUUUGCAUCCAAAGUAACAGCCGAAAACUGAAAGAAGCUAGAGCAUCCCAAGCUCCCCCUAUCCAAACUGAAGGCCAACCCCUUCCCCAGGGACCCCCUUCCCAGGAGCUCCCACCCCCUGAACGGGGCAUAUGGUCGGGCUGGCUGGAUAUCUCCCCUCCUGCACAGAUCCUUCAGAUCCUAUAGAAAUGUGAAUAUCAGUUCGUUUUGUUGUUGCUUUUUGUGUCGUUUUUUUUUUUUUUUCUUUCUGAGUCUAUCCUGGCUCUCAGGGUUUGGGAAUAAACUAUGACCCAGGAAGAAAAAAAAAAAUAAUAAAAAAAAAAAAGACCACACACAGGAAAAAAAAAAAUACGUUUUAUAUAUAUGUAAAACUGUGUAUUUAUGUCCGAUAAACACAAAGAUGUGUGAAUAUG